AGUGCGACGGCCCAGUAGGAGACGCAAGCGCAGAUGGGGCUCGUUAAAAGCAUGCUUCCACAUCGCGUCCGACGAAGUUUCUGCAUGUGUUUGAGCCGCACGCAUGAUCGCGGCGAUCACCCGAUUAACACCAAGAUACAUCUGACUAUUCGUCGUCUCUAGUAACGCUGUAAAGAGGCAACCCAUCAAAGGCGACGAGAGCAGCCAUGCCGGCCGCUGUAGGAGGGCCUGUGGGAUACACGCCUCCUGAGGGGGGGUGGGGCUGGGCCGUGGUGGUGGGAGCCUUCAUCUCCAUUGGCUUCUCCUACGCCUUCCCCAAGUCCAUCACUGUCUUCUUCAAGGAGAUUGAGGUCAUCUUCGAUGCCACUAGCAGCCAGGUGUCGUGGAUUUCGUCUAUCAUGUUGGCCGUCAUGUACGGUGGAGGGCCAAUCAGUAGUAUUUUGGUGAACAAGUAUGGAAGCCGACCCAUCAUGAUCGCAGGGGGCUGCCUGUCAGGCGUCGGGCUGAUCGCAGCCUCCUUCUGCAACACGGUGGCUGGCUUGUACUUCUGCAUCGGCGUUGUGGGAGGUUUGGGACUGGCCUUCAACCUCAACCCAGCACUGACCAUGAUCGGCAAAUACUUCUACAAACGGCGCCCCAUUGCCAAUGGCAUCGCCAUGGCAGGCAGCCCUGUCUUCCUGUCCACAUUGGCCCCCCUAAACAGUUGGUUCUUUGACCACUUUGGCUGGAGGGGCAGCUUCCUUAUCUUGGGUGGGCUUCUGCUCAACUGCUGUGUCGCAGGGUCCCUCAUGCGACCGAUUGGGCCAAAGCCUGCUCCCAAGGAAGCUGGAGAGGAUACGGAGAAGUUGGGCACUAGUGUUGAUGGCAGAAGAAGGGAGAAGAGGACUGUACUGCAGAAGAUCAACAGCUUCAUAGACCUCACCCUCUUUACCCACCGUGGCUUCCUCCUCUACCUGUUGGGCAAUGUGGUCAUGUUCUUCGGUCUCUUUGCUCCCCUAGUUUUCCUCAGUAACUUUGCCAAGAGCAAGGACAUCUCUAAGGACAAGGCGGCUUUCCUCCUCUCCAUCCUGGCCUUUGUAGAUAUGGUUGCCAGGCCUUCCAUGGGCUUGGUGGCCAACACCUCAUGGGUCCGGCCCCGUGUGCAGUACUUCUUUGCUGCAUCGAUCCUCUAUAAUGGCCUGUGUCACAUCCUGGCGCCGUUCUCCACUGACUACACAGGCUUCGUGAUCUACUCCAUUUUCUUCGGCUUUGCUUUCGGCUGGCUGAGCUGUGUGCUGUUCGAGACGCUGAUGGAUCUGGUGGGGGCUCAGCGCUUCUCCAGCGCCGUGGGCCUGGUCACCAUCGUGGAGUGUGGGCCUGUGCUGUUAGGGCCUCCCCUGUUGGGUAUGUUUAAGGACAUUUACGACGACUACAAAUAUACCUACUAUGGCUGUGGGAUUAUCCUGAUUGUAUCCAGUGUCAUGCUUUUUGUGGGGAUGGGCAUCAACUACCGGCUACUGGAAAAAGAAAAGCAAGAGGAAGAGAGGGUGGCCAGGCUGGAGGGUAGAGACGAUGACUUCAGCGCGGGGAACAUGGCUAAGCAUAGCCUGGCUGGCAACGACCUGUCUUUGCCGCUCAAAGCAGCUGAGGACUUGAAAACAAACGAAGUUGCCAUCUAGUGUUUAUUUGCUGCACACAGGCUGGUGGCCAGACUUCUAACCCAGGCUUUCCAUUUUGAGAACAUGUAUGUUCGGUACUGUAUUGUUUCAAGAUGGGGGAAAAAGAGACUGUCGUUAGACCUGGCAAAUAAGUGAGCAGCCUGCACCAUCCCCCCCCAAAUGUUUCGUGACCAUUGAGUUUCUAACGGGUAAUAUUUUGUGGUAAGGGCACUUUGUGAGCUACCCUGAUAGGCUGCAGUUUUCCUGAACAUAGGUCACAUGACCACAUAUAUAUGGUGACGAUAAAGAGUCUUAAGCACAUGUGAGUCAUAUUGAUUUGGGAGCCGUAAUGCAGAUUUGUGUGUCUUUUUUUUUUUUUCUCGUCAAGAGUAGAAAAAUUAAUAAAUUCUUGCGUAGGUCACAAUAGGUACUUUUUAUACAUGCCCACACAAAAUGAGCUUUUUGCACUACGUGAAUGAAACUAACAAUAUGAUGCUAACACUUAAUUCACACAAUAUGUUUUCCCUCACUAAGGUAGUCAAUCACAUUUGAUACUUCAGACUUCUGUUGUUGGCAAAAGUCCAUUUUUACGAUCAUAACCCGAUAGCCGUCACAGCCAGAUAAUUUUCCGUCACGGUAGAUAUGGUUGAUGACUGCUGUUCUGAGGUUGCAUGCGUGUAUUCAUUCUAGAAGUCUGAUCAAGUGUUUUAGAUUUAAUAUAAUGUUUAGGGUCAGUGUAAUACCAUGGGUUCACAUCGGUAGGGUUAUGGGUUUGAUUAUCGGCUUGUGUAUAUGUGGAGUUUUUAUGAUCAUGUGGGUUUUGUGCUGUGGUCCAAAGGCACUCAAUUGGAGGAAUUGGUGUCUAAUUGCCCAUAGUAUGUGUAUGUGCCCUGUAAUGAUUUGGCAUCCUGCUGAGUGUCCCUCAGUUAGGGUCCAGCCUCGCAGUGACUCUGUACUGGAAAAGCCGUUAUGUAAUUUAAAUGGGUGACUUGCUGUGUACUUUAAUCUGGAAUGUGAUGUUAACUGAUUAAGAGCUCUGAAGAAUUUCAUUGUAAGAAUUAUAUGAAGGUGGGCUUCUGGAAGGAAACAAAUUGUAUAGCAGAAUUUUGAAUAAAUGAUCAAUUUUUUAAUUUUCAGUUAAAUUCAGUCCAACUGUUAAAUGUCAGUUACACAUUUUCGCUGCUAAAUCAUUGUGAUUUGUCCUUAUCAUGCAGAUCAUAAAAAUUCCUAAUUUGAUUUAAAACCUACUGUAAAAUCUAGCUGUUCUAAUAUUAAACUGGAAUGUAGGUCAGUGUGUCCUUACUGAAGUUGCAUUCUAAAAAGCCGAUGCUUGCAAAUUCUAGAUACGCCAUAAGAUCUGAUUUUUGAGACCCUAAAGAUCAUACAACCUGCAUGUCAUUUUAGUAAUUUCAAGGAAGUAUGCAAGUUAAGGAAAGCCACUAAUUUAACACUACAAAAUUCACAAACAUGUCUUCUGUCAUACUAGUACCAUUGUCUUUUGAUGGCUGUUGAUACUUUGCCAUACAUCUCAGGAUGUUCCAUGUAGAUUUCUGCCUUCUAUGUGUUAUUUCUUUGUAAUAUAUUUUGAAAUAAUGAUUGACAUUCGAGGGUAGUGUAGAGUCUUUCACAUAUCCAUUACCAACUCACACUCUUUACAGUGGAUGUGUGAAUUUUUCUGCAAAGCAUUUUGUGUAUAACUUUCAGAAUUUUUGUACUGGAAUAAUAAACUUGUAUUGGCUUUUUGGCUAUUAAUGGAUGCUUGGUCAAUCACAUUGCACUUAGUAGAAGAGUUUCAAAUGGACUGUAUCAGGACGGUCAGACAAAGUCACUUAUUUUACCUGUCCAUUCUGUACAAACUAUGGCAGUUAUUUUUUCCAGGGAAGGGGUGUACAGCUAAGGAUCUAGUGACAAGUGCCUUAUUCCAUCACCUGGGCAGUCCUUUGUAUUUGAUGCACUUGGAACAAGCAGACCUACCAGAAUUCCUUUCCUACCCUCUCAUAUAUCUGUAAUAUUGGUUGCUACUUACUUUUGAGAAGAAUCAGAAAAACAAGGAUUCUGUUAUGCUUCUUUUUCUAUGAUUUGUAAUCUAAUAUCCAUUAAAGAGAGCAUUUCCUUGAAUUUUUUUAUUUUAUUUCAGUAUCAGAUUCUGCUCUUUAUGGUUGCCAGGAAGCCUCAAAGGAAGUGUGUGUACUUCUGCGGGGUGAUUGUUGUGGGUCAUGGUGAAGGGGUAUCAGCACCAGUUGUCAAUGCUGACAGAUGACAACCUGCAGAGGCCUUAUCAAUCUUUGCUGUGCCAGUUACGUUUUGUGGCUCUCCUAGUCAGUCAACAAGAAAGACAGAUGGAAGGAUUCAUCUUGCAUUGGGGAUAAAGGCCCUUCACUUGAUUGAACCACUUGAUAGCUGAUUUCAUGGUGAUUUUUAGCAAUACGAAUGGCAUAGUAGUUUAUUUCAUUUGAAAAUACUGAGGUAUAAAUGUUAAAUUCAUGUUAAAAAAUAGUUUGUAUGAAAGUGGAAGUUUUAGUGUAUGUUUAGGAGUUUAGCUUUGGGGAGAAAAUAAGGUUAUUGACAGAUGUUGGACCACAUUGGAUAUGAGCUCUUUUUGUAAAGUAGUUUUUCUCUGGUAUGAAGGGCAUAUUCCUGUGUUAUAAUACCUCCUGCAAAAUGCCUAAUACAUGUAAUAAAGAAUCUUGUAUCCAAUUUCAGAUAAACAUAUUUAAAGAUGUGUAUUUAAUAUGACAUGAAGUGUUUCAUACAAUUUCACUAAAAUUGUUCUAAGUAAAGCAGAUAUAAUAAAAUGUUAUGAAAAUUAA